GCUAAAAUUACCGACGAGAAAAUAGGGUGUAGCUUCGGUCGAGAAUAUGCUACCUUUUUUGUGGUGCUUUUAGGAUAACGUCUCGGGCUGGUAAUUGAAUAGCCUAUAAUUUUUACUUAGUUUCUAAGUGCCAAUUUUGGUGGCUUGGUUUGCUUUCAGGGUCGAGGAAUGAUAUGCUUGCCCUUAGAUUUCAUAAUGAAGUUGGACGACAUAUAUCGAUGCGCCAGGUAACAAAAGAACAUAUGGAUUUUUAUUUUACAACGAAUUUUUAUGCUACUUGGUGGAUGGUGCUCUACUAGUCGGAGUCCUAUGGUACUAGUUUGUUGGAUGGUUUAUGAUGGGGGCGAGCUUAAUAGUUGUUUGACCACGAGAUAUAGGAUGAACGUCAGAUGAUUCAUUUGUCGUGAAAACUUUCGACACUUUGUGAUCAUGUGUUUGCAAUGGUCUCAUGACACAUAGCUUUGUUUGGCUGACUCUAUAGAGAACGACACGACUUGUGUUGGACAAGGUCAGACCAGACAAAUACAAAAAGUAGAAACGACGGUACUUUCUUUCAAACGGCGGGCCGAUCCAACCAUAGCAUCGUUCUAUUACUUCGAGUGAAUUUUGUGUGUUGGAUUGGAAACAAAAUAGCACAUUUUCGCACCAAAAGACCCUUCCUUGAGCUCUACUACUUCAGUGAAGUUUGAUUUGUUGUGUGUCCAUCGAUUUGCCUUGUGCUCUUCCACCUGGAUAUUUUGGUAUGAAUUUCUGUUUCUCCACAACCAUAAAUGCAACGACACAAGAAAUCAAAUUGAACGGUUUUGCGGCCGUUCUCUGUAUUCUGUCCUGUUCUGGAGAAAUUUGUCGUCUACAUUAGAUCAUACGAGAAGCUGAGCUGGAGCCUGUAGGUAUGGCGAGGCAGGCAAGUGUACAGCAUGCAUUACUCUGCCGCACAUCCUUCGCCAGUACGAUUACGCGGCGAUAUGCCGUUGCUGCAAUUUUCCCCUUCCUGCACCCCAUACGCCCCAUUUGGCCACAUCCGGCCAAAAAAACCAGAAACCUUGAUUUGCGUUCCUCUGUUCAGUACAUCGCAUCUCACCAUUAAUCCACCAUUCAAUUCCUCCCCUGCUCUCUCUCCCUCUCUUUAUCUGCCUAUAUAAAUUGGAGGAACACCGCAAAUUGAUAAGCAAUUCACCGAUCAAACCCACAAAAAAUGAUGCGCGUUGAUAAAAACAGAGCAGUGGUGGUGCUGGUGGUGGUGUUGGUGGCGGCGGUGGCCGGAGUGGACGGCCGGCGGCACAGGGGGAUUUUGGUCGGGGCGAGAAGUGAGGUCAAGGACGUGAGGACCAACAGAGAAAUUCAGGAGCUGGGUCGAUUCUCGGUGGCAGAAUUCAACUUCCAGCAGCAGAAGCAGAGGAUUGUGAAGCAGAGUGGUGGUAGUGAAGAGGAACAGAGGCUGCUGAUGUUCGACGAGGUGGUGGAGGCAGAGAGGCAGGUGGUUUCGGGGAUUAAAUACUACCUCAAGAUACAGACAACUCGCUCUGAUUCGAAUAGGGUGCAGGUUUACGACGCUGUUGUGGUGGUCAAGCCAUGGCUGGACCAUAGACAGCUCGUCCACUUCACUCCUUCUUCUCCGAGCUACUCUGCCAAUUAGCUUGAUGGAGAGUUGGGAAGUGAAGAGAAGAGAAGAUAAGAUAACACCAGUUUUGUCUCGGCUGCUAUGGCUUGCUAAUAAUCAAGAAAAAAGAAAAAAAAAGAGAUCUUUUGGUUUCCUUUAUCUGUUUUUACUCUUUCCCUUUUUCUUGGUGACUGAUCUGGAGGCCUGCUCUGUUUUUCCUCUGCCUCUCUGUAUGUAAACCCGUGUAACUCUGAACAAUAAAGUACCGCUGCCUCCGUUGCUCAAUAACGAUAUCUUACCUCCUUGGUUUUUUUGCCUAAUUACCACCCUUUUGUUCCAAGAUCUCCGUUGCUCGAUAAACAAGUUCAAUUUUGUUCAAGGAAACCCAUGAAUCUCCUGCUCAACAGCUUAGAAGUUGCUGCUUUCUAUGGCGUUUGUUUGAGUACGAGUGAACAGAUUCCUUAAGACUGUGGAAUCACAACCAAGCUUAAUUCUUUCGGUUGGAAACACAACCAAACUUUCAGAAAGUUGGGGGUAGUGUUUGGGUACUAUUCUGUUCCAAGGAUGGAUGAGAGAUGAAGAAACGACAACAAUGGCGGAAUCCAAAGGCCAAAUACAUCUAGAUGUCGAUGAAAUGAAAGCUGAGCUGGAUUCAUAAGGCCCAGUCUGUACAGUUAGAAAGCCCCAUUGAAGUGGAGAGCAAUGGCCCAAACACACUUGUGAGUUUUGGCCCAUAAAAGACGUAGUAAUACAAUCGGGCUGGCUAAUUCCACAAUCUAUAGCCCACGGGCUUUUGACUUUAUUACAAAAUUUAGAGUAGUUGUAAAACCCAUCUCCAAGAGCACUUCUACUAUGCCUAUAUAGCAUCGGUGUUUUAAUGUACAAUUUAAAAAUUGUACCAUAACAUUAAAUGUAUCAGUUUAGGUUGUACCAUAAAGAAAUUUGUACCAUUAUGUUAUGGUACAAUUUUAUAACUUGAAGUUAUACCAUCAAAUAAAUAUAUAAGUUCAAGUUGUACCAUAAAAGAAUUUGUACAAAAUGUAUGGGUACAAUCUGAAGUUAUACCAUAACAUUAAAGGUACAAUUUCAAG